GUAUGACAAAAUAUUAAACCAAAUGCAUAAAACAAAAAUCCAGUGAAAUUCAUUUAAUAUGUGAAUAAAAGUGUAGUGAAAGAAAUCACAGCAUUCAACUUUUCCUAAGAAAAGAAAACAAGUAAAAAUUGCCACAAUAAAGAAGGAUUAAACGCCAAUACCCACAUACUUCUGCAUUUAGUGCAAUUAAAGUCCAAUAACCAGUCAGCUCUAUGAGACAGAACAUGAUAAUUUCCAGUUUCUUCAGAUUCUACAGCUCCGGCUCAAUGUUUGGAUAACUCACUGAAAAGUCAACACAAAUAUGUGGAUGUCAAUGUGUUGGUGGGGGAACAGAUUAUAAAAGUUCUUGCAUACAUCCGAGGCGAGUGUAUGUGUAAGCAAAGAAAUACAAUAAGAAAGUCAAUAGCAAAAGAGAAUCAAGAAAACAAACUGCAGCCAAGAGGCAAAGCAACAAGUCAACAACUUUAAGACCAGUUUAAACAAAGUGAAACGUUGUGCACGUAUUUUUGUUCGUCGUCCAAGGGGGGACAAGCCAAAGAGCAAGAAGGGGGUGCUGCAAACACAAGAAGCCAGCCAUUUUGUUUUUUCCUUUGGCUUGCCACAAAAAAUCAAGAAAGUGCAAAAGAUAUCGUCGCAACAGAAGGCGAUCGUACCAACUCCAAUAUUAAGAAAGCAAACAUGACCUAAAAACAGUGAAAAGUGCAUUUUAAACUAAGAAAAAGUCCAGAAGAAGUCAUCAAACAAGCCAGCAAGAUGUCUCCAAAAACUUAGCAUCCAGUGGCCCCCGCCCCCUACUUUUCUCUGUCCCCAAAACUGGUUCAACCAAAAGGAACUGUGAAACAAACAACAACAAAAUUAGUGCAAUAAUUUAAAGUUAGUGUUAUUCGUAAUAAGAAAAAAAAACACAUUUGUCCGACAACAACAAAUUUGUUCGCCGAAAAAUCAAAAACACAAAAAAUUGAAAACGAGAAAAAACGAAAUAGUCAUUAAAUUACCCCACCUACAUUUGCAUUAUUUCUCUCUCUCUCUCUCUAUCAACGUGACGUGAUAAAAUUAAACAAAGUCAUCAUUAUCCACAACACAUCCAUCCAUUUAGCAUCAUAAACGCCGCAGUCUACGUCUUUAGCAUCGCUGCUGUUGCAAUUGCAUUGUCAAACACAUUCUCCGCAGCAGCAGUAUUGUCAACAAAUCACGGUGACACUUUUGGGAAUAUCAUUUACGGACGCUCUCCCACUCUUUUAUUGCUGUCACACUCCCGUGUGUUGUUGGACAACACUUAGGAGGACCAUUGGUGCGACCAACCCACAGAAUGGCACCAACAUCUUGGAAAUACUUUUUGAUCGGACUGGUUACUCUUUCCUUUGCCCAUGCCGAUGAAUCACUGGAUACCCGAGAAAAGUCAGAUCUCACACUGAAAUGUCGUUUCACCGAACAAUACGAUGCUGAAGAUUUCACCUUCUACUGGGCCAGAUGGACAGCGAAUCCGGCUCAAUUUGAAAAUGUGGCCAUUGGAGAUGUUCAAUUGAAUUCGGGCUACAGACUUGAUUUUCGUCCUAAGAGCGGCAUUUACGAUUUACAAAUUAAAAAUGCCUCUUACAGUCGUGACAAUGGCCGUUUCGAGUGCCGCAUUAAGGCCAAAGGCACAGGUGCCGAUGUGCAUCAGGAAUUUUACAACUUGACCGUGCUCACGCCGCCCCAUCCGCCCGUCAUAUCGCCGGGCAACAUAGCAAUUGCCACCGAAGAUAAGAGCAUGGAAUUGACGUGCAGUAGUAUUGGCGGUUCACCCGAUCCAAUGAUAACCUGGUAUCGUGACGGCAGCAAUGCAAUGCUGCAAGCUGCUGUACUUAAAGGAGGCUCAAAGGAUCAACCCACCAAUGCAACACUAACCAUUGUGCCACGUCGCGAGGACGAUGCUGCCAAAUACAAAUGUGUUGUUUGGAAUCGUGCCAUGAACGAGGGAGAACGUUUGGAAACCACAGCCACGUUAAAUGUUAAUUAUUAUCCACGCGUUGAAGUUGGUCCUGAGAAUCCGCUGCGUGUCGAACGUGAUCGCACUGCCAAAUUGGAGUGUAACGUUGAUGCCAAACCCAAGGUGCCUAAUGUACGCUGGACACGCAAAGGCCGAUUCAUUAGUUCGAGCCUUGUGCAUACCAUUCACCGUGUCAGCAUUCAGGAUGCCGGCAAGUACACAUGUUCGGCCGACAAUAAUUUGGGCAAAACUGGCGAACAGGAAUUGAUUCUGGACAUUCUCUAUCCACCCACUGUGGUCAUCGAGACGAAGACUCGGGAAGCAGAAGAAGGAGAAACGGUAAAUGUUCGUUGCAACGUUACAUCCAAUCCGGCACCCAUAACCGUGGAAUGGUUGAAGGAAGGAGCACCAGAAUUCCGCUAUUCGGGUGAUGUAUUGACCCUGUCUUCGGUGAGAGCCGAAAAUGCUGGCAAUUACAUUUGCAGAGCUGUGAAUGUAAUUCAAUCAUACGGCCAGGAGCGCAGUGAACGUGUUGGGAAUUCCACAGUGGCUCUUUUGGUACGCCAUCGUCCCGGCCAGGCGUACAUAACGCCCAAUAAACCCAUUGUGCAUGUCGGCAAUGGAGUAACAUUGACUUGCUCUGCCAAUCCGCCGGGCUGGCCAGUGCCCCAGUACCGUUGGUUCCGUGACAUGGAGGGUGAAUUUUCGGCGACGCAGAAGAUUUUAGCUCAAGGGCCCCAGUAUUCCAUCCCCAAGGCCCAUUUGGGCAAUGAGGGGAAAUACCAUUGCCAUGCAGUCAACGAAUUGGGCAUUGGAAAAAUGGCGACUAUUGUGUUGGAGAUACAUCAGCCACCUCAAUUUCUUGCCAAGUUGCAACAGCACAUGACCCGCCGGGUUGCCGACACCGACUACGCGGUCACUUGCAGCGCCAAAGGCAAGCCGGCACCCACUGUACGCUGGCUUAAAGAUGGGGUGGAAAUUUUGCCCGAGCUUAAUCUGUACGAGGUAAAAACCAACCCCGAUCAGGGCCCCAAUGGCAUGGUGACCGUCCAAAGUAUGUUAAAAUUCCGCGGCAAGGCCAGACCUAAUGGCAAUCAAUUGGUGCCCAUGGAUAGAGGGCUUUAUACAUGUCUAUACGAGAACGAGGUCAAUUCUGCCAACUCCAGCAUGCAGCUAAGAAUCGAACACGAGCCACUUGUACUGCACCAGUACAAUAAGGUGGCCUAUGAUAUCCGGGAGACAGCCGAAGUAGUGUGCAAGGUGCAAGCCUAUCCCAAACCCGAAUUCCAAUGGCAGUUUGGCAACAAUCCCUCUCCACUGACCAUGUCUUCGGAUGGGCACUAUGAAAUAAGCACCACCACCGAUAACAAUGAUAUCUACACUUCCGUCCUGCGCAUUAAUUCUCUCACCCAUGCCGAUUACGGUGAAUACACCUGUCGUGUUGUCAACUCCUUAAACACCAUACGAGCUCCCAUACGCCUACAACAGAAAGGAGCCCCCGAGAAACCCACCAAUACGCGAGCUAUUGAUGUUGGCCACAACUAUGUCACUCUUUCCUGGGACCCCGGCUUUGAUGGUGGCAUUAGCAACACAAAAUUCUUUGUCAGCUAUCGCCGAGUGCCCAUGCCGCGAGAGGAACAAUUGAUACCCGACUGCGCCACCUUGGCCACCAGCAAUACCGAAUGGAUGGAGUUCGAUUGUCAUCGUGACAAUCCAUGCAAGGUCACGCCACUCGAUCAACAUCAGAGCUAUGCCUUUAAAGUGAAUGCCUUGAAUACAAAGGGCAAUUCCCAGUAUUCCAAUGAAAUUCUUACCACCACUAAAGUUAGCAAAAUUCCUCCCCCUCUGCAUGUCACCUAUGACCCCAAUUCCAGAACUUUGGGCAUUAAUGUGGGCGCAACAUGCCUUUCUCUCAUCGCUGUGGUCGAAUCGAUGACGAAUAGCGACACACCUGCGGCGGCCUGGGAAGUAAUCGACCAAGUAAAUCUUCAGUUGUCAGGCAACGGUCCCACAUUCAAGGAGACAGUUCUCGACCGCUUGGUGGCACCUCGUCGUAGUACCUCGGGUCGGGCUUUGGGCCAUUCCAUAAACGACGAUGACGAAGACGACAUGAGCAUGAAUACUUUGGCUCUUGAGGAUGACCACAGUCCCAUAGUGCGCGUUAAACUCUGCUUGCGUUCGAACCAUGAGCACUGCGGAGCAUAUACCGAUGCCGAGAUUGGCCGUUCCUAUAUUGCAGAGGCUUCCGCUUUGGCCACACCAACCUUAAUUGCCAUAAUCGUUUCGUGUAUCGUUUUUGCCCUUUUCGUUGGCCUGCUACUCAUGUUCUGCCGUUGCAAGCGCAAUCAAUCGAAAAAGAGUGCGGCCGCUAAAGAUUAUGAAAUGGAUUCGGUGCGACCAUCAAUUGUCGCUGCCCAGCAGAGCCAAGCACCGCCGCCCUACUAUCCGGCCAGUGGUCUGGACAACAAGGCUCUCGAACAUUCCAUGGAUUUGGCACUGAGCAUGGAGGAACAAAAGAGCGCCCUUUAUGCCACACAAAAUGGCUACAGCUAUCAUCCUGGAAGUGGUGUUGUGGGUGGUGGCAUCGGCAUUCCAGGCCACACGAUACCUGGCAAUGAAUGGGUCAAUAUGGGUUACAUUGAAAACAAUUACUCCAACUCGAAUAAUGGCGGCAGUGUGAAUUCGCAGGACUCCUUGUGGCAGGUUAAAAUGUCCGGUGCCGCAGGCAAUCAGCAGAACAUGAUGCCAGUCUCCCACAACAACUAUGUGGAGCAGCAGCCCACCUAUGGCUAUGAUCCCUUGACGCAUGGCGGCUAUGGUGGUGUCGACGACUAUGCCCCAUAUCCACAACUGACGGCGACGCCCAGUCAACAUGGCGAUGAGUACCACAAUUUACGUAAUAGCCAAAAUCCAUCAAGACAAGACUACUGUAGUGAUCCCUAUGCAUCGGUGCAAAAGCCCAAAAAACGUGUUGACCAACAUUUAGAUUCACCAUACCACGACGUAAGCGGUCUGCCAAAUCCAUACAAUAUGGAGCAUAUGGAACAAGAUGAAGUUAUAUCGCCACAACAGCACAUGUCUCUGAGUUACGAUGAUAGUUUCGAAGGUGAAUACUCGUCCACACCGAAUUCACGGAAUCGUCGUGUUAUACGUGAAAUAAUUGUAUAAAUAUCAUAUACACACACCCACAUACAACCCCAUACAUACACACACGAAUCUAACACAUCCUCAUCCUUCCCACCCAUGGCUAAACCAUCGUCAUCUUCGUCAUACAUUUUUCCCGCGGGAGUUCUAUGACUUCCUCCAUCCAUUCAGUUCAAAUGAAAAUCUAAAUCUAAGCUCCGAACUUAUCCUAGAAAUGAAUCUCAAAAUGUACUCUCUUAAACAACUCCAGAUUUAAUCAAACUGCACUUUUAAAGAACUAAACAAAAAACGCCGAAAUUGCGAUGCGCGUUAAAUACUUUAUCAUUUUUAUUAAAAUGGAAAAAUGUGCACUUAUUGUUAUGAAUUUAGCUAAGUGAAAAAAAGAAACGAAAAUCAGCCGACCACCUAAACCACAUCCAAUUGCUCCCAAACUCUCAAUCGAUUAGAAACAACACAGCCCAGAGUAUCUAAAGGUAAUGCAUUCUAUCAUGCAUUGAUCACCACACACAAAGUCGCAUUGUCAUCGACACCUUCACAACCAUUUAAGCAACUUCAUCGACUAUUUUUCAGCUUUAGCAGAGAAAACAAAACAAAAAAAAACUUAAGAUAUUUUUUUUAUAUACCGUUUUGUUGUUUUCUCUCUUGAGUUAUUAAUCAAUCAAUCACCCUAUACCAACAUUAUCCCAUGAGUUCGCGUAACGAUAUCAACGAAAAUGAAAACAAUUUUUUGAAUGUUGCCAUUUUUUUUUUUAUUUAAAACAAAAUAAAUAAAUUUACUUAAUAUAUAUAAAUGAAUAAAAUUUUUUGUAAUUGUAUUACUUAAUAUACCUUAUUAUUAUAAUUUGAUUAUUAUUAUUAUUCUUUUUUUUUUUUUUUGUUAAUAUUAGUUAAGUUAAUUGCUUUUUUUAAUUGGUAUUUCAAUAUUAUUAUUAUUAAAGCAGCAUUAUGUGUUUUUUCUUUAUCGACACCUAAUUAGUUUCUAGUUUAAUUUCGCAUAUGAUAUAUAUGUAUUGUGUCCAGCCAACCAGCCACAAAGCCGCCUAUGCCAACUACGCCCAGUUAUGCAUUAUGAUUUUUUUUACAUUACAAUUAUAGAGGAAAGGUGCCCGAUUUUUUUAUGACUUUAUUUGUAUUUAAAUUGUCUACAAACCAGAAAAGCUGCCAGAUCAUUUAGGAGGCAUAAGGGAUAGAUAAGUUUAUGGCCGGCAUGUGGACAUUGGAAAUUUUGCUCAAUUUAGCUAAUACUAUAUGUGUGUUGUCCCCCUCUUCUAACAGACCCUUGGGUUUUCCCCCAUUGAGUGUACUUAUAUGUUUAAUUUUGUAUUGGCCUUUGUUUUAAGAGUAUUUUUUAACUACUAAAUAUUUAAGACUUGAAAGCACCUUUUGUUCUUUAUCAACCAUUUUACGAUUUGUGGUGAAAUUUUAAUUUUCUCUUUGAAGAAAAGGUCAGAGUUUUAUCAGACCACGAAAAUUAUACGUUUCAUAGAGUUGGCGUAAAAAUCGUAGCCCCUUAGAACAGAUUUUCGUCAUACACAUUCAUUUCAAAACUUUCUAGUUUUGUUUGUUUUUAUACUAAAUUAAAAAUAUAAACUUGUAAGACCAGGAGACGAUUGCUAAAUUAUUGACUGCAGUUUGAAAAAUUAUUUGUUUUUCUCUUCUUUAUUGUAUGCCAAUUGUUGUGGAUGUAUCUUAAUCAAAAUUUUGAGUAAAUACUGCAAUAAUAAUAGAAAAUCUGCUGGAAUAGAGAAACCAUUUGCUUGCUAAAACAGCAACUAUGCUCGUUGUUUCCAAAUUUUGAAUGUUCGGUAAUAUUUUGUACUGCUGCUUUUCUUAGCCACAUUGGCUCAGAGGUCAAUAUGUCCGCCCACAGCAAUUGGUGUUUUGAUAUUUUUAAUAUUUUUAACUUGUUCAGAUCAAUUUUUUUUUGAAUAUUUACAAUAUGAAAAUAGGACAAUAUUUGCUUCAUCUUUAACAAACUCCUUCUACUUGUCUAAAAAUUUCUGAGAAUUCAAACAAUUACAAUGAAGUGUAGUGAACAUAAUUCCACGCACAAACCAUUUCCUUAUAUUUGGAAAGUUCCCCAAAAAUGAAUAAAUUUUCAUUAGUUUCUAUUUCCUGAGUAAAUUUCAAAGUUAGUUAAUUUGUCACCUUAUUUUCCAGAAUUAAAGGUUUACCAUUCUUCUGCAAAUUCAGUGAAGAUUAAACAUUAACGGCGGUAUUCACAAAGCUUGAUGAAGCCUUAAAGUAGAUUUAUUUAACAGUUCUAUAAAGGAAAUCUGUCAAAUGCACCUAUUAUAGUAAAUUUUCGAAAGUGUGUUAUUAAUUUCUAUCCAACAAAAUGUUAAAGUGUUGCAUUGAGACUAAUAAUACCCCUUAAAGUAAUUACAACACAUAGGCUAAAAAGACUACGGCCUAAUUUUUUUUACUUAAAAUAGCAUUAAAGUCAGUUAAAAUAGCAGCAAAUAAAUGUGAUUGCUGUUAUAGAAAACAUUUUACUCUGCUGUUCUAACUGUCUGCUAAAAUAUUCAACUCAUAUCAAUGCUGAAUCGCCAAACACCACAAAUCCAACUCAUAUCACUGCUGAAUCGUCCAACAUCGAUUUGUUAUGUUUAUAAUGUCUAUAUAGUCAUUUUAUUGCUAAAUAGUGCUCAAGAAUCCCUACGAAAAACUCCGCUUGAGGCCGACAAUAUUUUAACUGGUUUCUGAAAUAUUUGAAAUUUAAUUUUUAUUUUUUUGAAAUUAAGCCGUUUCUGGCUUUGUAUUUCGAUGCAUAUUGAAGACAAAAUUGUAUUGAUGACAAAAUUUAUAAUUACCUUGCUGCAAAAAGCAUUCUAAUCCGAUAAUAAACUUAAAAGUUAUACAGUUUGGAAUUAAAAAACUAUUUUUUUUUUUUUGUAAUGUUUUUUGUCACCAAAAAAAAAGAUUUUCAUUGAUUAGUCCUAAUUUAAACAAAAUCUUUCUGUAUAGAGAAUGUAUUUUAAAUGCGUUUUAAGUGAAACUUGAAUAAGAUAUGUUCGAAUAACAAAUGCUUUCAUAAAUCGCAAAAUUCCAAAAAAUAAAGGUUAAAACCCGAAUAUUCUCAAAACCAGAGAAGAUAUUGUGUUUUAGAGCGUCCUGAGCACUAUCCAGCAAAAUAAGAAUUUUGAAAAGCCUACCAAAAAUGAAGAUUUGGUAGCCUGAACAAUUCUUCGAAAUGCCAAGGUGACCAGCUUUAGGGCCCUGCCACCAGCCACCUGGAUCACCUAUGGCUUUGAAGUUGCACAUGAUCUCGUUAAAAACUCACCUCUAAUCAUUCAAAGUUUUAACUUUAUCCGUUCUCAAAAAACAGAAUUUUUAUUAGUUUGUUUUCGAUUCUAUCCCACUGUGCAGCAUUUUAAACUUCUUUCAGUACCAAGUGAGUUCAAAACAGCGCUCUCUAUGUUCUUGAAUUAAAACUUUUCCUUAAAUUAAAAGUUCUUGUUUCAGUCUAGCUAAACCCAGGCUCAGUUUUAUGUUGUAAAUUUUUCAGAGUUUCAAUCAAUAAAAUAAAAAGUUUAUUUUAGGUAUUUUUCAAUUGUGUGUAUAAAACUGUUGUAAUCAUUGAAAUGUUAUUCGAUUACAGGAAAAACUACAUCUGAUUUAUUUUAAAAAAAAUUCCUUAAAGAGUUCAGUUGUGAUGUGCCAAGAAGCCAACGAUUUUUGAAUUUUCUUCACCAACAUUUUUAAUUUUUUCCUUAAGUUUUGUUCGAAGUAGACGAAAAUCUGUAGAGUCUUAAAAUAACACGGUUUUAAGUAUUUUAAAAAUGUUUAAAAUUUUUAAAUUGCUCAACACUGCCAAAUUUUUGAAGGUUCUCGGGGGGUGAUUUUUACGCUCGUAGAAUAUUCCAAACAAUUUUAGGAGAAUUUUUUCAUAAUCAAAACAUUUCGACAUGUUAAAGGACUUUUUAUUAUUUGAAGAAAUGUUCAAUUUUCGUUGUUUGUAUUGUUUUUGUUUUCACCUAAUUUAUUGCUCUAGCCUCGGACUUCCAAAAACUGUUUUUGUCUGUUUACAUUUGUUUUUUUUUUAAGAACAUCCGCUUAGUUAAAUUUUUUCAAUUCAAAAUUAUUACAAAUAAUUUAAAACUAUUAUUACCGACAAAGCUUUUAAUUAAUUAAAAAAUUAAAAAAAAAAAACGAUUCACUCGUUAUGUUGCAUUGCGUUGUAUUUGCUUUAACUAAACAUUUAAUAUUGUUUUUCAUUUCAUUUCAAUAUUUUCUGCUUCUUUUUUGGCGGAAAAUCUUCUGAACUUCCAUUUUUUCAAAACUAUACAACCUGUUCAACGAAUUACAUUUAAUUCUACUUAAUUAUAUUAUAUUAAUAAAAACAAAAAAAAAAAACCAACAUCAACUAGAAAAAUAAAAGUAAACACAGAGGAAGAGAAAAGCCCAACAUGAAAAUCUCCCACAAUUGUUUAAAACAGUCUAAGCUAAAAUGAAACAAAAAUUUAAAAACAAAAACAAAAAACAAACAAAUUUAAAACUAUUGCAAAUAAGUUAGUUAAGUUCAGAAAUACAUUUUAAGAUGCAACACACCCGAGAAUGUUGAAAUCUUUUUUCAGAUGAAUGAUGAGAAAAAGUAUAUUAUACACUUAAAUAUAUUUUUUAGUUAAACUACGGAAACCCUAGAGUGUAAAACUAGCUGUAAGGCCACAGAAAAAAGAAAAAUAAAGUCCAAAAUUCUGAAAAUAAAAAAAAGCUAAAUCCAUAACUAAAAACUAAAUGAUAAAAAAGCGUUACUUAAAUGUAAAUAAUGUAAUGUAAUAAUGUAUUGUAUACAAAACAAAACAAAAAGCAAAAACAAAUGAUAAGUUUCUUUUUUAUAUUUUUCAAACAACGUGAAAACAAAAACAAAAGAAUAUAAGAAAAAAAAACAAAACAAUGAACACAGUUUUUAGGCAUACUUUACACCGUUCGGAAUGCGAUUGCGAUAUGAAGAAAAUAUUAUUAAAUUAUAUACUUUAAUUUAAUUGAAAACAGAAACAACAAAAAUGAUACAAACUUAAAUGUAGUUAAUUAAAUUAUACAUAAUACAACAGCAACAAGAACCGACAACAACAGCAAAAGAAACAUCCAAUAAAACCAUAUGAAAUUAUUAAACAAAAAACAAAAACGA